AUGGCUAAAGCAGAACAAGACCUCAAAUCCAUCCUGGAUGGAGGCUUCAAUCCCCGGGAAUUCCCUUGGUACGAGCCUGAUCUCGCAGAGGUUCCGCAACCAGCGAAGAAGAUCCUCGAGAGCAGGAUCCCAAGCGAGGAAGUGCUUGACCAUGUAAAGAAAGUGGUUUUCGAUGGCGUUCCAUCAGAUAAUCUCUAUGCAUCAGACCUCCGCCGAGACUUCUUCGACAUAGGCUACGAUCUAUUCAACGACCACGACACCCUCAAGUCCAACUUUAUAAUGGCAGACAUCUUCGACGAUAACUCGGACUUGGUAAAGAAACUAACCAACAGAAUUGACAUUGUCAAUGCCGCUUCAUUUUUCCAUCUCUUUGACUGGGACAAGCAAGUCACCAUCGCAAAGCGGCUUAUCGGGUUGCUACAGGACAAGCCCGGGUCUCUGUUGAUUGGAAGACAGGUUGGUCGUGUUGAUCCGCCUCCUCCUGAACAGAAACAUGAAGCUGGGCAGCACUACCGUCAUGAUCCUGCUACAUGGAAGAAGCUUUGGGAGCAAGUUGGGGAGGAAACGGGGACGAAGUGGGAAGUCGAGGCUUGGAUGGAGAAGUGGGCUGGAGCCGAUUCUAUGAUGAAGACAUUCCACAGAGGCUUGGAAACUUUCAAAUUGAGAUUUACUGUGCGUAGGCUUUAA